GAUUGUAGUUGUAGUUGCUACACAUGAUGACAGCAGUGUUGUUGUGCGAGUAAGAAUUCAGUGGAGUAAGGAAGGAAUGGAAAGUAACUGAAGAUGAAUUUAGAUCGAGAAAAUUCACAGAAAUUUCAGAAAAAGUUCUAUCGAAGAACUGCUUUAUUUACUUGGCUUUGGUGUGCCGCAAUUUUGAACGCUGUGGAUCUGAAGGUGGGACGGGAAAAAAUCGUCAGACAGUUGUUGACUCAAGAUGGAUUAGAUCUACCACAAAUUCCACACAGGCCCUUUGCACCACAUGUUCAAGUUAUUGGUGAAUCAGAAAUCCAAGUUUCAUGGUUGCCUGUCCUUGUAUCUAACAAGCAAGCCAUACAAUAUGAGCUUUACAGUGGUGAUGAUUUAGAAUAUGUUGGGUAUGAUUUAGCUUAUGUUGCAAAGCGUCUCAAGCCUGCGACAGAAUAUAAAUUUAAAGUCAGAGCCUGUGGUUUGUUUGGCUGCUCUGAAUUCUCUCUAACGCGGUCUUGCAAGACACCUUUUAAGGCUGUCAGCAAAAGAAGUAACUUAGAGAAAAAACCUUUCUUUGGCAAGAGAAGAGUGUUUUUGCUGGUGCUUCCACCCCUCGCUAUUGUAACAUUGCUGACAACAUUGGUCAUCUUCACAGUAUAUUUCUGGAGGUUCUUACGGUACUACCUUUGGCAGUAUUCUGCAGUGUCCUUUGAUGCCACCUUACCAAACAAGACUCUAUUGCACUUCAUCUAUAACUUGGAGGUGGGCGAUACGCAACAAGAUUCAUCCUCUGCGAAGGAUACCUGCUUGGAUAUGCCGUUGGAUCAUUCUGCAGGCAUUGAGAAGCAGCAUGGCCAGGCUAAAUCAAAGAGUAAUUUGUUCAAAGAUCAAGCCAAGCUGAAGAGACCACCAGAAAUUAUCUCCAAGAUAAAGGAACCACGAUCGGAUUCUUGGGAUAUGUCACGAGCAAGGGCUUCAAGUCUGGGGAAUGACCUUCCCAAGACCCCGAGAAAAGACAGAUUACGCUCAGUCUCGGAGGGUGAAAUCAUGAAAACAGAAGCAGACCAGCCCUUGGAAUUAUCAUUUGAGCAGCCUCCUAAAAUAACUGGCCCAAGCGAAGAGUCCUUCAUUGUUAUCGAUAACAGCAACGUUUUUAUAGGCGCCCGUGAAGCAGCAUGUGCCCGCAGUCCUAAACUUCGACCCAGGCACGUCAAAGUCCGUUUACAAGCAUUAGCACAUGUACUCGAGAACGGACGGAAAGUAUCACGACGAUUUGCCUGUGGAUCUUCCCCCCCGGCCAACGAACACGUCUGGGAUGUGUAUAGACGCUUAGGCUAUACGGUCGACCUCGAAGAUCGAAGAGGGAAAGACGAGCAAAGAGUUGACGAACAGCUGCACCUGUACAUUUACAAGGCAAUAAUUGAAAUGCCGCCCCACACGCUGGUCCUAGCAUCGGGAGAUGGCAGCAAGGGAAAGAGCAGCGGAGGCACAAGCUUCCCAGAGUGCGCUUCUGCUGCAAUUGAACACGGCUGGAACGUAGAGGUGCAUUCUUGGAAACAUAGUUUGAGUGCUGAAUGGCUGAAACUUGCCGCUAAGCAUAAAAGCAACUUUAAAAUCAAGUACUUGGAUGAGAACAUAGACAUGAUAACUUCGAUCGACUUGCGUGGAAGAAACCGCGAUCGCAUUGAAGAAAGUGGAAGAGAUCGGAAACAUGAAAGUAGAUUCAGAGCUUGAGUUGCAAAUUUAUAGAAAUUUUAUGCUAUGAAAAUUAAGUUAUCAAAUUUAUCUAAAAAGGGUAACAUGAACGUUCAAUAAAACCAUAUUAUGUUGAAAGAUGUCAUCUUAAAACUUCGCGUGUUACCAUACUUUAAAAGAAUGACAAAAUUUCAGAAAGUAUUUCUUAAGCUUCUUUCAUAAUUAUUUAAUUCAACUGAUGAUUUUCCACGAAUCUUACGGGUUUGGUUUUAUUUUAAAAGAUUAAGCUUCUUGCACACAAGUCUCGAUCUCAGAAAAAUUGCGAAGAUUAACCUUUCAAACAAUGCAAAGAUUAUCGCAUUGACGGCCGUAGAUUAAGCAAAUUUUGGAUCAACAGCUCCUUACCAGCUUCAAUUUUUCUCAACCAUCUUCAUGCAGUCAAUAUUUUUCAGAAAUGUUCACGUGAUUUGCCAAAGCUUUGAAAUACGUGCAAACCUAUAUUGUCGGGAUUUGAUUGCUUUAAAUUUUACAAAGAGCUACAGUAACAGAACUAUAAUCCAAUUAUCAACACACCUUGUCGUUAAAACGUAAAUGCUGUCUUUUUGUCAACGAAGAAUAUUGAUUAACUUUAUAACAUUAGUUUUAAGUAUUAGUUUUAAGGUUUGAACCUAAGUCUCGUUUGAUCUUUUAUACUUGGUAUUCCAAUUUUAUUGCUUAAUUUAUCUUCCACUCAUUUUUAUAUUAAAGGUAUAAGUUAUUUUUCAUACCGCUUUUAUAACACUUUGCAUAAUACAUUUAUAUUUACUUUGCAAAAAAUAUACAUGGCCCACUUGUUUGCUUUCUUCUCUCAUUCUUAUAUACUUUGACAUUCAUUUCUAUUGCCAGGAAAUUCCUCAAGAAUGGUGCAAUUGCUCUAGCAGUGUCUACAACUAUACUAUGCAAUUUGUCAAUCCGACAUCCCUUUUUGCCGUUCUGUUUCAAUAAGCAAAGCUACAGCAUUUUUUUUGAAAAAGUAUUGAAAUAUGAUUCCAAUGUUGUCGAUUAAUUUUAUUGUUUGCGCAAAAGAUGUAGAAAAGAUUAUCCACAGUCAAGUAAAAAAGUACUUCGAUGAAACUGUACCAACGUGCCUCUCGUGCACUCCACUAGAAGGAUUCUUGCUUAGCUUACUUGGGUGAUAAGAUCCACCGAGGGUUUGAAAGUGAUUUGCUAACAGGCAUUUUGGUUGAUCUACAAAAAGCACCCAACUGACCAUGAGAUUUUCAGAAAACAGACAUAUAUUGCAGGGCCUACGCCAUGAAUUUGAAAUGUGAGAGGUUCCCUCGAAGAAUCGGGAUGCAUAAAAAGACGCUCUUGUUACCUCGGCAACAACUCCUCUUUCAUGUAAAAUAACUUACUUAAAUAUAAAUUCACAAACAAAAGAUGAUUAAGAGCUAAGAAAAUGUAAAGGGUUCAUUCAUUUAAUUAUACAGGAAAACGAGACUACGGAUACUAAAUUGUCCAAUCAUAUUAGAGAAGGCUAUUCCUGUUACAGAAAGUGAGGGGGACAAGGCUACCAAAAGUAGAGGCCAAGGCAGCUUUAAAACUACUUGCUUUGCAAAAAACUGGGGGGGGGUGUCAUGGCCCCCCGGUGGCGUGGGUCCUGUUUUGACUUCAAUGACUCUUAUCAUUUGCUGUCAUUAUUGGAAAAGAAUAAUCAAAAUCCAGUGAUUAAAAAUGGGUCAAUCCGUGAUCCAAGUGUAUCCUUUUUUCAGUAAAUGGUAUGGCAUGAGCGAUCGACUGUGAUCAACAUAUGUACGAAACGCAGUUUUUUUUGCUUCAUUUUCAGGGGCAAAUACAUUGAGGAGAUAGAGACCAACUUGAGCACUUCUAAAUCUCCAUGUUAGUGGACUUCAGAGAACAAACUUGGAAUUUACUUUGGAGUGGAUAAACCAAAUCAAUUAUUUUCAGAUAAAAAGCCUCCAAAAGGCUAAAAAAGCUCAACAUCAGGAGGGAGAAGUGUUUAAUAAACAAAACUCAGUAGGCCCAUAUGUCGUUUGGUGUUCUGAGUGAAAUUCUUUCUGGGGAGUCGACGGCAAAUAAAAUGCUCUGAGAAAAGGCAAGCUAACAGUUGUGCAAAGAAAACAAAACUUCUUGGUUUAUUCCCUUAACCAUAUCAAAUUACAUAUUAGGGUUACCAAAUUCAAUAGUUUAUGCUGAUUUCCUAUGCUACAGCCUGUUUGGUCCACUGGUCGCAUAAAAGGUAACCUGUCAAGCAUCUAAGGUAAAUUCCUUGGAGAUAUAAACCACGUAGAUCUUGAAGUUUGAUUACAAACACUCUCAUGACAACGGUACCGUUAUGAGAAUAAAAGAUCCAGUUUGAUAUCAAAUGACAGGACGCUUGGAAGCUUUAAUCGUUUACGUUGUGUAGAAGGUUCUCCAAUCUACCCAUCCAUAAUAUUUCUUGAGCGAAGAGCGAGCUGCCAUAUUCUGUAGGAGCAACUUCUUUUUCUUUCUCAGUUAUCUGAAGUGGCUACAUUGGCUCUUCUUCAAGUCUAGUGUGACUCUCAGUAAGACAUUUUUCUGUGAAUAUGUCAUAGCACAUUUUGUCUAAAAGAAGGUUUUGUCUUUGCACGUACAAAUAGGAUUAAACGCCUUCUCGUGAGCUAUGUACACAAGGUUUUGUUGUGAUGAAAAUUAUCGUUAUUAUAAAAAAAACUGAACAGUUGCCAAUAUCAGACAUGUACGAUAUAGCAUAAAGUUCCAAGAACACGCUGGCACAGUUGAGCAACUCUUUUUGCCAGGGAAAGGGGCUAAGGGCCUAGUCCCCCAUUAAUUCCCCAAACGUACUGAACAAAUCUUGAUCUUAGCUUCAAGCAUUUUGAGCAUCGUAGCAUAGCAUGUAUGCUCCACGAACACAGUUUCUUCGAAUUUUCUAUUGUUAUUUGUUCGGACAGAGAAUUGCACGUUUUUUAAAAAAUAAAAAAUUGGA